GAAGCCUUACGUUCUUCUUCUUCCCCUAAAAAAACAAAAAAAAAAGAAAAAGAAAAGAGCGAAAAAUGAUCGCUCCCCCCGAUGACGGCGCCACCCCGGCUGGAGCUCCGCGGCCGCCGUCCCCGGAGAAGUCGGCGACACCGGCGUACGGUUCCGUGGUUCUCGGCGGCACCUUCGACCGCCUCCACGACGGCCAUCGCCGCCUUCUCAAGGCCUCGGCGGAUUUGGCGAGGGAUCGGAUCGUGGUGGGCGUCUGCACGGGCCCCAUGCUCGCCAAGAAGGAGUAUGCGGAGCUGAUUGAGCCUGUCGAGAAGCGCAUCAUGGCCGUGGAGGAUUACAUCAAGUCUAUUAAGCCAGAACUGAUAGUACAAGUGGAGCCUAUUGAGGAUCCUUAUGGCCCAUCCAUUAUUGAUGAUAAGUUGGAUGCCAUUAUUGUCAGUAAGGAGACGUUAAAUGGUGGACUUGCUGUAAAUAGGAAAAGGGUAGAGAAAGGGUUGCCACUGUUGAAGGUUGAGGUUGUUGAUCUCCUUUCUGGAUGCGUGGAGGGGAAGAAAUUGAGUUCGUCUGCUUUAAGGAAGCUCGAGGCGGAGCAAGCUCAAUAAACUGAAGUAAAAACUGCUAGCCGUGAAGGUUCUUAGUGAGGAAAAAGAAUACUUGAAUCUGGUUAGCUGGAUGCACAAAUCCCGGGUUGUCUGCCCCAAGCUCAUUGUCGACAAAAAGUAAUCAGAGCUGGCAGUUUGGUUACCUUUCUGGAGGAAUAAUCUUUGAACAUUGAACCAUGGACCUGUAACAGUAUUACUCUAACCUUAUAAACUCAAUCUGGGCAACAUGGACUCUUCCGAACUAACCAAAUUUACAGAUUUUGUAUUGGCAUUGCCAUCUGAAUGUAAAAAGGAUGUCCCUAUGGGGUUGUCUUGUCUAGAAUAGUGGCAAAACUACAAAUGAAUACGGUGUUCCUUAUGUCAUGCACUCAUAUAAUGUGUACUUGAAAAGAACUCAUUAUGCUCU